AUGAGUAAUCCAUCGAGUUCCAAUAACCAGCAGGUUAGGACAGCGAGUGCGAGUCAGGUUCCGAGCUUGACUUAUACUCCGGUGGUUUUGUCAACGCCUAAUUCUGUCUUCCCAUGUCAAAGAAUUUUUGACCAACCCAAGAGAUUGGGUAAGGAAAAUGGAACAAAUGUUGAAGCUAAGGGAGGAUCCGGUUCGGCUCAACCUCCAUCCAUGAGAGCGAUUGCAAAUCUGGUUCCGAGCUUGACUUAUACUCCGGUGGUUUUGUCAGCGCCUAAUCCUGUCUUCCCAUGUCAAAGACCUUUUGAUCAACCCAAGAGAUUGGGUAAGGAAAAUGGAACAAAUGUUGAAGCUAAGGGAAGUGGAUCCGGUUCGGUUCGACCUCCAUCCAUGAGUCGUGAUAAACAACGAGAGAAGCAGCCCAUGAGAGCGAGUGCAAGUCAGGUUCCGAGCUUUAAGUGGGUCCCGGUGGUUUUGUCAGCGGUUAGACCUCAAGCUCCAAUGAGAGUAACUGGUCAUGUACACCGAUUAGGGGGCGGAGGAGGAGAGAGCAAAGGAAAGGGACCUUUAGCAACAGAUCAGCUUCAUGUUAAGCAGUCAAGUACAAUCGGCCAAAGCUCAGGGACCAGCACUAUUGAACGUGGACCUGAUGAAAUUGUGCUUAAUCCAUUGAUGCUUCAAGAUGCGUUGCUUGGAAAGGGGAAGAUUAUGACCAGACUGAUGCUUCAAAGGUACAAUUCUGCUUCUGUUGGUUUGAAGAAAUUAAACGAAGAGAAGAAGAGUUUAUCUUAA